UCAAUCGCUAAUCAUAAUGAAGGCCUACUGGUACGACAACAAGCCCGGCGACCAGCGCGAACCCCACGACUCCGGCCGCCCCGUCUCAGAAGACUACCUUGCCUCUCUCGGCGUAAUCUACCGCCACUUCCCAGAGCUUUCGGAUGUCGACGCGCUCGCCAAGGAACGCGGCUACAAGAACCGCGAUGAGAUCACCGUCUCCCCCGCAACAAUGGGCGAGGCUUACGAGGAUAAGGUGAAGAUGUUCUUCGCCGAGCAUCUGCACGAGGACGAGGAAAUCCGGUAUAUCCGUGACGGAGAGGGAUAUUUUGAUGUGCGGGGGAAAGAAGACGAGUGGGUGCGCAUUCGACUUGUCAAGGAUGAUCUGAUUAUCCUCCCCGCGGGUAUUUAUCACCGAUUUACGACCGAUAAUAAAAAUUACAUCAAGGCGAUGCGACUGUUCCAGGAGGAGCCUAAGUGGACGCCAUUGAACCGUGCACCGGAGCUUGAUGAGAACCAGCACCGGAAGUCUUACCUAGAGGGACUCACUGCUACCUCAAUUGCUGCGAACUAGGUGCUUCUUCAUGUUCGUUCAGUAUCUAAGCCGCCUGGUAUC